CAAGCCCCGCCGGAAGCGCGUCCUGCUUAUUGUGAAAGGGACGCCAUAGCACGCAUGACCCCAGUACCCUUCUUUAUUCUUGGUGAAGAAUGUUCUACGCCUGUUGCAUCGUGUAGCAGCAGAGUUUGCGCCAGGAAGCAUUCAAGUUGGCUGACUGCUGUGCGUUGAGAGUACAGGGGGAGCCUCAACGCGAGGUCUCACAAUGCCAACCGAGCGAAAACGAGCUCCCUUUCAAAUUAGUGUAUGGCCGGUUUCUCAGAGGAAAGUACUUCUGUCCAAGUGUCACUUGCUGCUCCUACCAGCACUAAUGCUCCACUGGAUACCGCAAGCUGUGUGUGGCCGCAAUGUGGACGAGGACGACUGGUGUAACCGUACCGUGGAUAUAUACCAGGGUGUGGAGAGUCCCCCAGUGACCGACCGCAACCAAGGUCGACCACUACACUGUACUUAUCGCAUACGAGUAAGGCCUGCUCGCGAUGACUGGGUAGUGUUUGUCCGCUUCAUUAGACUGCGAAUCGGUGAGCCAUCGGAAGAUCGGCAAAGAUGCGAUGGCGGCUACGUGCAGAUCGUGGACGGCUACAGAGAUUCUAACCAGUCAAACCGCGACGCGCCUGGUUUUCACUGCGGUGAGAUUGACUCGCCCAAGACGUUCAUCUCAGAGACGCCACACGUGAAGAUUGUGUUCCAUGCAGACUCAUACGAGUCCGACACGUACAUGCAUUUCGACGCAUCUGUCAAACAGCAAGGCGAGGUGUCCUCGCGGUACGGCCAGUACUCCCAGCUCUACCCGAACCGGCGUGGUGUGCGAGUUCCUAACACUUACUGCCACCGGGCGUUCCAGGACUGCGCCCCGGGCCGUUGUUUCGUGCAGUCUCCAGGGUACCCGGGUAUCUACCCUCGCAAUCUACUCUGCAAGUACCACAUCAAUGUGCGGCGGAACCUCGUGGGCCUUGACCUAGCUGCCUUCGACGUUGAUGGGUUGCGCUGUGACAACCUCCUCAUGUGCUUUCCGAGGCCGGUCACAAGAAACCUGGAGCUGUGCCCUUUCGACUAUGUCAAGGUGUACGAUGGACCGACGGAGGACUUCCCCCUGAUCGCGACGCUAUGCGGCCGCGGCCGCCUGAAAUCCAAUAUUGUGGCCACGGGAUCGGACAUGCUGGUGACGUUCGUCAGCUCGCCAGCGGGUCCUCUUCUCAACACCGGCUUCCACUUCAAGGCCGACGCAGUGUUCGAUGCAGGAGAUGGGGAGCACGUGGCGUUCCGCAACGGCACCUGCAUCAUUGAGCGGAAGUUGAGUGGACCUGCUGUGUUUGCGAGCCCCAGAUCCUGGUAUCCAGUAGAUACUACCUGCUCGUACAAGUUUACUGCACCCCCGGGAGAACUGGUACACGUCGAGUUCCUGUGGUUUAGAGUGGAGCGCGUUACUCUUUGUGAGGAGGCAGUGCGAAUAUACGACUCGCUUCGCCCUGACCCCCGCUACAUCAUCACGAAGCUGUGCGACACUAACAAACCGCGUACUGAACAGCCGAGGACUGCGUUUCAAUCCACGGGCUCUUCUUUGCUGCUCCUGUUCACUAGCAAAACAGGCAGCAUGGACGGCUCCUCCGUGAGCUUUGGGUUUGAGGUAAACAAAAGACAACUAGCCCGGCAGAUGGGAUAAAUUUCUCUAGAAUUGUUCAAGUAUAUGACAAACUAUUAGUAUAAAAUUAUGUAGCAACUGAAGUAACGUAGAGCACAAAACGAGUUGCUAUAUCUUCAUGUCUAAGUGAAUCGCGAGGAAAACGGGUACAGCUCUUAGGCAUUGAAAGAAAUGAUGGCAAUAAAAGAACUCACGUGGUCAUCACAAA